AUGGAGAUACACAGAAUGUGGCGUUUCCGGACAUUAACGGCGUCCUGUCAGAAAAUGGUUCCCAUAACAAUUUAAGGGGAAAUCCAUGGUUCGUCCGUAUGUGAACGUCGUAUUGAGUCAUUGAUGUUUUUCGCAUCGCUCUUUUUAUAACCAUUAAUGGAUUCCACGGUUACUGAAAACAAAGAGCCUCGCUCUCUGAGACGAUCGGCUAGGCAGUCCUCGGGUAACUUUAGAGCAUUGGGUUUUGAACUGGAACCCAGGGGACCUCUGAAGAGGACCAAAAGAGGGUUGAAAAACCCAAAUCCUGUGAAAGCUGUCAAUGGGUCCAGAGAUGAGGAGAGUGGCUCAGAGGAUGAAGAAUGCCCAAGCAAGAAGAGCCGGCCGGAGUCUGGAGGAUCAGAGGACAGCUAUGGUGAUGUGAAUGAGAUGGAAGUCCAGGAACCAGAUGAAGAUCAGGAGAAAAAUGAAGACCAGGGAAUUGAUAAUAUACACAGGUCCUCUCCUGCCACUCAUCAUGUACAAAUAAACAAAGGCGCCCUGGGAGAUAUGAAUCUAUCCCCUUGUGUCGUCCUCAAGGAACUCCGCAGUCACCCUGUGAAUAAAGAUGCAGAUUGGAUAAUUACUAAGAAAGUGCUGAAUGAACUCCGCAGUCCUGCUGUACAUGAAGACGCAGAAUGGAUCAGAACAAAGACAGGAAAUUCUUCAACCAAAGCCCCCACCAAGUCGUCCGCUCAAAUCAGACCGCCAGCAAACAGACAUGAUGUGCCGAUCCCGAAGAUCACCAGCGUGGACGAGUACAGGAGGACAAUGGAAGCAAAGGCCAAAAGCACUGGUAUACCUGUAGUUAACCACUAUUACCAGAGUGUGCAUCCAGCCUCGGAGAAAUCCUACACAAGACAACGUGUGAAUAAUAUUCCGACACAAAAACAAACUGUUCAGCAGAAAAAACAAGUGAAAAAAAAACCACUUGCUGUCAAGGAAAGGUCUGGUUAUUCCUGUAGCGGAUUCAUGUGGUGUUUAUGCCGUUUAGUGCUUGUGGCGCUGAUCGGGUCAGCCGUCUUAGUGGCAUGCAAGAUCAUCCCUAUAAUGAAAAAUACUGCAGAAGGUGAAAUGCAACCAUCCAGGUCCAUAAAGCCAGACAUUUUUCUAGAUCAGCUGUCUCUGCUUCAGGCUCAGUUCCCCAGUCAGCACUCUGAGUUGUGGAGGAGAACCAAGAUCCACUUGCAGAAGCACCUGAACACAGCGCAUCCCACAGAGCCGGUCAGUCUGAUCUUAACUGCAGGCCGCGGGGCUGAGAGUACGCUGCGCUGCCUGGCACAGAGCCUAGCAUCCUCAUACUCCUCUGCCCUCAAUGCUUCUGUCCUUCACAUCGACGGAGCCAGCAAAGUCAACCAGGACAGCGAUGAGGUGAAGCUGGACAUCGACAAUCAGCUGCGAGCAGCAUUUGAAGGAGACAAACCUGUGGCGGUAAUUCAUCGCUUCGAGGAGCUGCCUCCAGGCUCCACCCUCAUUUUCUAUCGCUACUGUGACCAUGAAAACUCUGCCUACAAGCGCGUGUUCUUGUUGUUUACUGUGCUUCUUCCUCAAGACGAGAUCAUUGGUGACCAGAGCCUGAAGGAAGUGGAGGAGAUGGUGCUAGAGUACGUCAAGGAAAAGCUGGUUGGCUCAAGCAACCAAGCUAAUUUCAAUGACAUGGACAUAGACAAGUUUGGUGGACUCUGGAGCCGCAUCUCCCAUCUCAUCUUACCUGUGGUGUCCGAGAAGGAAGUACAGCAGAAAGGAUGCUGAUGACCAGCAGUCAGAAUACCAUCUUGGUAUUCUUAGGACCGUACAGUAGCUAUGAAACAGAGAAGUAACUUGUAAACAACGCGUUUGUCGUUACAUUUCACAUGUUUGAAGGUCUUUUAAUCUCUCUCUGUCAGAGAUUGUUCUCACGCAGCAGUCUAAGGUUGAAGACCUGCUCAAGAUGUCCAGCACCUUUUAUGUACAGGCUUUUGAAUAAGGAUUUGGCGCAAUCUUAUUUGAUUAAGUUAACGAUAUUUAGUUUGAUUGAUUUCUUUUCUCCUUGCCCUGUGUCAUGAAUUGAACAUUAAACAGCACUUUGUUCCACAUCUUUUGAAUCCGUCAAAGAAGAGUUUUUAGUGGAAGAUCAGUAUGGAUUACACCUUUACAGAUGUAGCUUCAUAGUCCUUGUUUUGUAUCAAAUCUCUCAGGCAACGAAUGGCUAACAUUAUAUCUCUGUUAAAUGCAUAUCCAUAGUUCCUUUAAUAUUCUUGUGUACAUGAUUGGAUUUGCACUAAAAUGUUUGAUUUCAUUUUCAAGAGUGCUGGCUUUUAUUACGAUACAUAUUUUAUAUCUUUUCUGCUUUUCGUAAUAUGUAUAUUUGUGAAAUGUUGUCUCUUUCUAGAUUGAAAUAUUUUUUGAUAGCUGUAUUUAUAUAUUGAAUAUGAAAAGCUUCAGAAACCACUGAUAUGUACUGACAACGUUGUCAAUGACAGGUAUUUGAUUUUGUAAAUUUGAAUAUAAAUGAAUACAAAACAGCAAGUCACAAAAUGUGCCUUAACAACUCAUAUCGAGGAGGUAAGAACAUAUUUGAUAUAAAUAAUUAAUUGGAUCAUUUAUCCUGACAACGUCAAACUAGGAUUCUCACUGAAAGGUGUUUUCUGGUAUGUGCAAAAUGAAAUGUCUAAUAAAGGAAAGUGUUUUUGCUUCUUAUACUUUUCAUUCUGAGAUGAAUUAAUGCUCACAUGUAAAUGUGUUUUAUUUUUUUCAAUAAAGAUUAUUUUGAUAACUA